AUGACCAAAACCAUGAGCAGUACAUCUCUGGAAAAACGCAAAGGGGAAGUGCGUAUAAAUUUUUUGCGAUCACCACGCAUUUCCACCGGCGCAAGCACCUCCAACUUCAGACAAAGCACUACUUUCAAGCAGAAGCAAAGAGCGGCUUGGCCCAAAUUGAGAACGUGUUUGCGUCGCGGUGAUAAGUGGGACUAUAUUCAUAAUGGCUCCUUUCAGGAAGCUAUAAGGCCCGUACUAUUAAUAGCACAGAUAUUCGCACUGAUGCCCGUGCGUGGCAUUGCUUCGAAAUGCGCUGACGAUUUGAGAUUCUCGUGGUGGAGUUGGCGGACUGUUUAUGCGAUGAUUGUUAUAGUCUUCUUCGGCAUCGCCUCUGGCUUCAUGGCUGCCUUUGUGGCGAAAGUCAACUUUGAUUUUGAUUCUGUGGAAAUACUGAUCUUCUAUGCCUCCAUAUUUUUCAUUUCGCUGGCCUUCUUUCAAUUGGCUCACAGGUGGCCUGCGGUGGUUGUGGAAUGGCAGGCGGUAGAGUCUCAAUUGCGAAUACGUACGGAACGGGAACGGGGUGCUCUGGCGCAACAUAUUCGCAUGAUUACGCUGGUGGGCAUCAUGUGCUCGCUGGUGGAGCAUAUACUGAGCAUGUUGGCAAAGAUUUAUUAUGCUAAUGCCUGUCCCGUUAUGCCAAAUCAGCCGAUCGAGAGCUUUUUGUAUUUAAAUUUUGUACAUAUCUGGCCGUUUAUGGACUAUAACCAACUGAUGGGCAUAUUGGGCAAGGUGGUUAAUGUAUUGGCGACCUUUGCCUGGAGCUUCAACGAUAUUUUUGUCAUGUCUGUGAGUGUUUCGCUGGCAUCACGAUUUCGUCAACUCAAUGAUUACAUGCAGCAGGAGGCGAGGCAGCCCACCAAACAGGAAUAUUGGAUACAAUGCCGUAAAAACUUUCGGAAUUUGUGCAAAUUGUGCGAUGUGGUUGACGAUGCCAUAUCAACCAUCACUUUGCUGUGCUUUUCCAAUAAUCUGUACUUCAUAUGUGCCAGGAUUUUGAAAAGCUUGCAAAAGAAGCCCUCGACUUCACACACCCUUUAUUUCUGGUUCUCACUCACCUUCUUAUUGGGUCGCACCCUGAUACUCUCGCUUUAUAGCGCCAGCAUAAAUGAUGAGUCCAAACGGCCGCUGCUCAUCUUUCGAUGUGUUCCUAGAGAGUACUGGUGCAUGGAGCUCAAGCGUUUCUCUGAGGAAGUUCAUAUGGAUAUGGUGGCCCUCACUGGCAUGAAAUUGUUUCGCUUAACCCGUGGCGUGGUCAUAACGGUGGCGGGAACCAUCGCGACCUACGAACUAAUUUUGCUGCAGUUUAACAAAGCGGACAAAGUUAAUGACUGCUAUGAAAAUUGA